AACAAAUCGAAGAGGAAAAACUCACCCAGGCAGGCAGCAGCAGGCUCCGGCGUGGCCGAGGUUUCCAAGACUACUGCAGCACACGGCCGGCUGGGACACGGCCGCUUUUGGAGUCAUUUUGUACAAUUUUUACUGUUUGAGUUGGUGGAGCCACUCGUGGCUCAGGUUGUGUGUUGGGGGGGAAAUUGCUGAGUGAGGAUUAAUUUGUUUGGUGCAAGCCUUGCAAGGGGGGUUGGGCAAUGCGAGCUUUCCUAAAGAGCUCGGAGGGGUGUUUCCAGCUGAAAUCCUACACCACGACCAUCGGGAGCCACACAGGGGCCGACAUCGUCCUGCAGUCUGCAGGGGUAGCAGAGCGCCAUGCAGCCCUGGAAUUCUCCGCCUCGGACAACAGCUUCAUCCUUCAGGACUUCAACUCCCCCCACGGCACCUUUGUCAACAGCUGCCAGGUGCAGAACGCAGCCGUCAGGGUGAGGCCUGGGGACAUCCUGAGCUUCGGCACCGCGGGAGCCUCCUUCGAGCUGGUGCUGGAUGGGGCUGCCCAGAUGUCCUGUCCCCCCUUGAAACGUCGCGUGGGGUGGAGUGGGCAGCUCCAGGCUGUUGCAGAGCCCAAACUCCUGACUCCUGCAUCUCCUCUGUGCCUGCCCUCGCUGCAGGGGCAGCUUCCCCCCAACUCCCUGGGCAGAGGGGCCCCCAGAGCCCCUGGCCAUGUGCCCCAUCUGGUGCUGCCAAGGCGACCUGCGAGUGCCAGGGACAGGAGCGCAGCCAGUGCCACCUCUCUGGACACAUCCAGCAGGACCUCUGCCCUGAGGCCAGUCUCAGCCAGCUUCUCAGGGGGUGGUGCCAGCAGUGUGGGGAGAGCCCCUUCCCUGGGGCCUCACAAGGUGGAUCUCCUCCUGCAGGGGAAGCAGGGUGAGAAGCUGCUGGAGAAGGAAGUGGGCCACCUUUUUGGUUUGGAAACAGAGUUAAAGGGGAAGGAUGUGGUGGUGAGAGACCUACAGGAGGAGAUCGCAGCCAUGGCAAAGAAACUGGCCCAGGCAGCCAUGAGGAACGAGGCUGAGCUGACCCAGAAGCUGCUCACCUUCAACCAAGAGCUGGGAGCCCAAACAGAGGAGAUCAAAGCCCUGAGGGAACAGAUCUAUGACCUGCAGAAAGGCUCAAACCAAGUUUUCAGCCAUUCCCUCCACGAGAGAGACCUGGAGAUCGGGAGGCUGCGGAGGGAAAGUGAGAAGUUGAAGAAGGACCAGGCUUUGACUGCAGGUCUGCUGAGCAACAUGCAAAGAGAACUCCUGCAAAAGCAGCAGAAAAUCCAGCAGCUCCAGCAAGAGACUGAAAAACUGAGUAAGGAAAACCGAGAGAAGGACAAGCAGCUGGCUGUGGUUUCAGCCAAGUGCUCGAGAAUUAAAGAAGAAACAAAGCACGAACUCAGAGAGCAAGAACUAAUCUCCUGCAGAAAUCACAUCGAGGAGCUGCAGCGGGACCUGCAGGGGCUGCAGGGGGAGAUCCAGAAGCAUGAGAGUGUCCAGAAGCAACUGGCUGAGAAAGCCAAGGCAGAGGAGGAGCUGAAGGCAGCGUGGUCACAGCAGGAGCGGCAGCUGCGGGAGAUGGAGCGCAGGGAGCGCCUGCUGCAGUCUAACAUGCAGAGAGCUGGGGAGCAGCUGGAGUCCUUCAAGACCCGAGUGAUGCAAGCCUGUUCUCCAUCAGCAGCUGGCAGCACAGGGAAAGCUGUAGCAGAGCAGCAGGUGAUAGAGAAGGUCAGGCAGAUCUCUGAUGAGAACCAACAAAGUCAUGAGAGAGAGAAGAGCCUGCAGAAGGAAUUAAGCUCCAGGCUCGCAAAGGAGAGGGAAGUGUCUGCAAACAUCGAGGUGUUCAAGAACUCCUUGCAGAAGCUCCAGGCGUGCCUGAGGAGCCCCUGCAGCAGUGCCAGCCUGCGGGGGGAGCUGGGGCAGCUGGAGCUGCUGUGCCUGGAUCCCUCUGUCUCAGCCAUCAGGACAGCAGUGGUGGACAUGGCACGUGGUCCCCUGUCCUGGCUGGAGGGUGCAGAGCAGCUCCUGGACAGCGUGGGGAUGGACCUGCACACCUCUGGCAAAGGGCUGUUGGCUGCUCUCGGGAGCUUGUUGGAAAAGAGCCAGGAGAUGGCACAGAGGAAUCAGAUGUUGCAGGAGCAAUUAGAGAAGCUCCGGGAGCUGCAGGCAGAGCUGCUGCAGGAGCACACAAGGGAGCUGGAAGCAAAGCAUGAGCAAGACUUACAGAUAAAAAUCCAGCAAAUUGUCCUGGAAAAGGACAAGGAGAGCAAACAGAUUCUGGAAAGCGCUGUCACUGAGGAGAAGGACAAGUGCAAGAAAUCUGUGGAGGAAGAACAGAGGAAGAUCCAAGAGUUAGAAAGCCACCUUAGAAGCAUGGCUGAGGAAACAGCAAAGAGGGCAGAGGAGCAGGAAUUGACAGAGGGAAAGCUGAGAGAAGCUUUGCACGAGUUGAAGCAAAUCACUGCACAAGAGGCUGUGUUACAGCAGCAGGUGCUCCAGCAGAGCCAACAGCUCAGGGCUGUGCAGGAGGAAAAUGAGCUGCAGAGGCAGAAACUGCAAGAAGAGGUGGCAGGAUAUAGGGAGCAAAGCAGGCAGCAUUCCCUGACCAUCCUGGCUUUAGAGGACAGGCUGCUCGAGGCCACUCAGCAGCAGAAGGUGCUGGAGGAGGAAAAGGCAGCACUUGUGGAAAAGAUGGAAGGACUUCAGUGUGAUGCCCACAGCUCAGCAUCGGGAGCUUGGCUGGAGAUUUGUCCUGCCAUGGAGUCUCAUGCUUGUCUGAGGAAACUGCGGGAGGAGCUGGCAGUGGUGCAGGGCAUGCUCCUGGAAAAGAAGGCAGUCAUCAGCAGGCUCAGCAGGGAGCUGUCAGAAACCAGAGCCAGGAUGUCAGACAUGAGAGGGGAGCUGAGUGAAGAGCAGAAGGUGGAGCUGGAGCACAGCCAGAGGCAGCUGAAACACCGGGAGUGGGAAGUGAACCAGCUCCGGGAGAAGCUCUCUGAGAUGUCCAGCCUUGUGGAGGAGAAGGAUCAGGCCCCGAGAGCAGCAGCUGAUGAAUUAAGCCAAGCCCAAAGGCACUGCCAGGUGCUGAGGGAUGCUUCCCAACAAACACUGGAGAACACAGAGGAUGCUCCCAGGACACCAGUGCAGCUGAGUGAAGCCUCCCAGCGGGAGCCACCAUCAGCCUUGGCUGAGCUCGGAGCCAAGUGCCGAGGCCUCAGGCACGAGGAAACAAUCCAGCGCCAGAAAGAAGGUUUGGCCGAGCUCCGGGCGAGAGUGAAGAUGCUGGAGAAGAGACAGUGCUCAGGUGCUGUGAAGAGCGAUUCAGAGCCACUGGUGGUCUGGAUGGAAGACUUACCAGAGAAAAUAGUCCAACAAAGAGGUCUUGAGCUGGAACCUGUUCCUGUGUUGGGAGAAAAACUGAGGGCUGGCAAGGUUCCUGACCAUGUUCCUAAUGGGAGCUCAUUCAGGAUCACCAACAGCACAGUGAGCUUGGAAAGGGCUGAGGCGACAGACAUGGGUGAGAAGAUGUACCUUGAUGUAAUCGGUGCUCUGGGAAACCUGGUGGAGAUGAAGGAGCUGUCAGGAAUGCAGCCUCUGCAGCACCUUCCUCAGGAGAGAAGGGCAGAAGUGGGACUGCAGAGACAGAAGGCCCUGGAGCUGUUGUACAAAAAGAUCAGGAACCUCCAGGUUCGCCUGGAAAGGAAAGAAAAAGUGCUGAAAGAUUAUGAGGAAAGUGUGGAGCAGCUCAGGCAGAGCCAAGCUUCCCUGCGAAGGUGCCAGGAGGAGAUGUCCAACCUGGAAGAUGAAGCCCACAGGGGGGCAGAAGAGAAGGCCCUGCUGAGAGAGGCUCUGGAGAGGAUGCAGCUCCAGCUGGACCAGGAGAAGAGGCUGCGGCAAGCGGCCAAACGGCACAAGCCUGGAGCCACAAAGACUCUCUGCUCGGGCAAGCCGAAGGCCAGGGGAGGUGCUGCCAGAUUGGGAAGAUCAUGGGAGCAGCACCACAGGGACCUUCACUAGGCAGUGGUCUGCAGUAGGAACAGU